UGCGCAUGGUGUCUCUUCCUUUUUUCCAGUGCAGCGGAGUCAAGCUACAGUCUUUGGCUCCGGGCUCCUUCAUAAGGAGACAGAAAGACUGCAAAAAUGGGUUUUGUCAAAGUAGUGAAGAACAAGUCCUACUUCAAGAGGUACCAGGUCAAAUUCAGGAGGAGGAGAGAGGGAAAGACUGACUACUUCGCCCGCAAGCGCCUGGUCGUGCAAGAUAAGAACAAGUACAACACACCCAAGUACCGUAUGAUCGUCAGGUUCUCCAACCGAAACAUCUGCUGCCAGAUCGCCUAUGCCAAGAUCGAGGGCGACAUGAUCGUGUGCGCGGCCUACUCGCACGAGCUGCCCAAGUACGGGGUCACCGUGGGGUUGACCAACUACGCUGCAGCCUACAGCACUGGGCUGCUGUUGGCCCGUCGGCUGCUGAGCAAGUUCGGCCUGGACAAGGUGUACGAAGGCCAGGUCGAAGUGACGGGCGACGAGUUCAACGUGGAGAGCGUCGACGGGAAGCCAGGCGCGUUCACCUGCUACCUGGAUGCCGGACUUGCCAGAACCACCACCGGCAACAAGGUGUUCGGCGCCCUGAAGGGGGCUGUGGACGGAGGCCUGUCCAUCCCACACAGCACCAAGCGCUUCCCUGGCUACGACACAGAGAGCAAGGAGUUCAACGCCGAAGUUCACCGCAAGCACAUCAUGGGCGUCAACGUGUCCGAGUACAUGACCUACCUGUUGGAAGAGGACGAGGACGCGUACAAGAAGCAGUUCUCCCGCUUCAUCAAGAACGGCGUGGCCCCUGAGGCGAUUGAGGAAAUGUACAAAAAGGCUCAUGCUGGAAUUCGUGAGAAUCCAAUCCAUGAAAAGAAGGUGCCCAAAGAAGUCAAGAAGAAGAGAUGGAACCGUGCCAAGCUUUCUCUGGCCCAGAGGAAGGACCGCGUCGCCCAGAAGAAGGCCAGCUUCCUCCGCGCUCAGGAAAAGGAGGAUGCCGAGUGAGGCGUCGGCCUGCUCCGUUCCUCACGUGGCAAUUUGUUCUAAUAAAUCUAUCGAAAAAGA